UUGCCCACGGUACGUUGUCAUGGUGACGGGAAAAAACGCUGAACCUGAGCAGGUAGAUGGUUCAAUGGAUCUGAGAACCGAAAAGAAGGCUUAAAAACAAAACGGUGUUUGUGAGCACUGCGAGCAGCCAGAACCGGAAGAGCCGGAUUCAGCGAGCAACGAUGUAUGAGAGCAGAGCGGUUCCGAGCGGGGAGGUUUACCGGCAGCUGUUCGACGCCCAGGCUCAACUGUCCAGAUCUCUUCUAGCUGGACGCAAAGACACCAGGACAGACAGUCUGUCUGCUGUGGACAGCAACACACACUGCAGCACAGCCAGCAGCAAGAGGCAGCAGGUGGACCACGAUGAUGAUGAUGUCAUUUAUGAAGUCAACAGACUUCCAGACACUGUGGUUGUUGAUCAUCCCAGCUCUGACAUCAUUGAACGUUUGACAAAGAAAAAAAGUAAAAAACAUCAGGAAGCUCUGAAACAGCUGGGUGCAGAGCUGAGCCAGCUGUCUCAGGUGUGUGAGACUCAAGUGAGGGCCAUUAGCCAACAGGUACUGUCCUGUCUGCAGGAGGUGGAUCUCAGAUUGGACACCCUGAAAGUCAGAAUGGAACAGCUGGAACACCUGGAAGACAUCAGUAUGCAGGAGAUCCAUGGUCUCUGGGAGGAGGUGGAGGAGGAGGUGAAGUUGAAGAAGACCACUAUCACAGAACUUAACCUCAAACUGACUGAAACUGAAAGACAGCGUACUGACCAGAUCAGAGCUGUUAUCAGGAAGUACUACCACGUGCUGGAGCACAUCACUUUCCUGCAUCCGUCUGACAUCCAAAGACUGAUCCACACUGAAGCUACAAUGUUGAAUCAGUCGCUGUUAGCAAACCGUCGCAGCGUUGCCCGACUGCUGCUGCUCCAACGGGAGGAGAGCCUACAGAAGGAGUUGGCCCUUCGUUGGCACUGGGAGGACUGUCUGAGUCGCUGGAGGAAGAAAAGGGUCCACAAAGUUAUAGACGAGUUCAGAGGUCUCUGCGGCAGAGAUGAGGAUCAGCAGCUGGCCUCAGUUCCUCAAAUGAAACAAAUCCAGCGAGAUCUGACAGAGAAACGCUGUGACAUCAUCUACAAGAUCUGCUCUCUGGUCCCACCCACCAUCUCCACAGCUAUGGUGUCUGAUUGGUUUGACCAGCUAACAGAUGUCAAUCAGCAGAUCGAGCAUCUCCACACUGACCUCCUCCAGCAGCUGCAUUGCUGCUUUGAGCAGACAUGGCAGAAUCGGCUGGCAGAGGUGGAGCGCUGUAAGGAAGUGCUCUCAGCUUUGGAGCUGUCAGAGGAGGAGGUGAACGACAUUGUCAACUCUCAGCUUCUCACUGUGAUUGGAGGACGGCAGAGUCAGGAUGAAAAGCAACUGGCAGCUUUAGAUAUGUUCAGUGACUCUUUGGCCCGUCACACUCUCAGUCUUAGUAGGAGUGUAUUUGCUGUCGCGCGAGCAGCAGCAUUGCUAUGGGAGACACAUUGCCAAAGGUUAGAAAAGAGAGAUGAAAAACUGCAACAAGACCUGGAUGAUUUCAGAUGCUUACAGCAACAACACAUAGAAAAACAUAAGGUGCAAGUGGAUGGCCUGUUAGGAGAACUCCGUCAGGGGGGCAGUGAGGACGCUCUGAAGACAUCCCUGGACAAAACUGUCAACUACCUGCAGCAGAUAAAGCACAGCUGCAAUCAGUUUGUCACUGAUCAGUGGAAGCUGUUGAAUCUUCACCCAUCUUGCUGUUUGGAGGAGCUCCUCUCCUACAGCAGGAGCCUCAGCUCCUUCUACCACCUGAGUCACACCUACCAACCGAGUCCAGAGGAUUUGAACAAACUCCUCCGACCAUCUAGCUCUCAGUCGAGCCCGUACCUGGAAACCAGUGGGUGCCUUCAAAGACCGGAAACUCCACACAUAUUUCAGAAUUGGCUGAUUGAGGCAGAGUCCGUCCUGCAGGACAUCUGUGAUUUCAGCAGCUGUGUCACCUUUAUGUCAUCAAGAGAUGUGGCCUACUCAGCUCCUGUCUUCAGAUGUUCUGCCCUCGACCUGCCACUCAAUGUGGUGUGGGAGACAUAUCUGUGCUUGUUUCCUGUGGACCUCCUCACAGACACACUGAGCAGGUUCCGGGCUCUGUCCUUGGACCACCUGGAGCAGCAUUUCCACGAUGUGCUCAGCUUAGCCGUUUCAGCGGUGAGAGACAGGAAACAGGCGGUGCGCUCAGAGCAGGAGCUCCGACUGCAGCAGCUGAACCCCCAGCACAUCAAGACCUACAUUUACAAGCCCCGCAUGGCUGAGCUGCAGCUCCACAGGCAGCACGUGGACACCCACUUUGAGGGUGUGUCGGAAAUGUUGACCUCCUUAAGGACGGAGCUGCAGGAGCUGGAGGCCUCCAUCAAGAAGAAGAACACAGAGCUUAUGGUCACUCUCUCCAACAUGGAGGCUAACAUCCAGACGGCCAGCAGCAGCCAACACUUGGAGGCUCUCAGUGCCACCCUGCAGGACCAUCUAGAUCAACACAUCAAGAAAACGCAGUGCUGGCAGACCAAUUUCAGACAGAUGGUCAGGAUUAGACUGGAGGAGGCCAGAAACAAAACAGCACAACUCCUCAGCUCCAUCAGACUGUUCAGUGAAGGAGGAGAUUUUGCUCCUCAGGAGCUAAAGAUGUUUCAGAGAAGGAUGAAGGAAGAAACCAAAUGCAUCGCCGUGGCUGAGGAGUCCAUCUACUCUGACCUCGAGGCUUUUGAAUCCAAGAGCUUACAGCAGGUGAAAGAGGUCUUGGAUCCACUGGAGGAGAAACUGUCCUUCCUAAUGUCUGAGGUGAAAUUCAUAGAAAAAGUCCAGAAAAUGACCACCAGCACACAAGUUCACAUCAAGGCUGAGGCUGCCAGCAGUAACCACCAGCAGACUGUUAUCAGCAAAAGUUUGGAGGAUCUGAGGAAGAUGAUGGAUGACACACAGCUGUCUCCAGAUCAGGGUUGUUUUCUCCUGUCGUCAAUCAGUAAAGAACUCAGGAUUCGCUAUAAGUACCUGGACUUUAGUUUGGACCCUACACUGCCGGAAAGCCUCAUUCUGUCAGGUCACCAUAAAUCCAAUAAGCAGAUCCAGCCAGCCCCACCUCCUGGUUUACUGCAGCCAAGCAAAACAAGUGUAGACCUCCUUGAUGACCCUGUCGUGGGGGUCAUCAAGUCCUUGAACAGGAUCAGUUUUCGCCAAGAUCCAGCAGCAGAACGAAAUCGGAGAGGAAGGGCAGCUUCUGGUCUGAAUUCUGUCCAACUUCAGCAGAGACAAGAUUCUGUCAGUGAACUGAGUAUAAAGAGGGGGUCCAGAUUUAUCGGAACUGAUAUCAGGCAUGAGAAAAGGUUCCAGAUUUUUGGACCCGAACCGGAUCCAAGUGCAGAUUCUUUCAGCUCCAAAGUCAUCUCUGUACUGUGGAACACCAAUGACACCCUCCUGCAGCUUGCUGAGGAUUUUUACCGCAGCAAGCGUCUGAGCUGUUUCAAGCAUCUUCCCGACUCCUUGGCCCAGUGGGCUGAGAACAUGCAGCAGAGGCUGCUGGGAUACCACGAGCAGGCUAGGAGGUUUCUGAACAUGAGCAGAGACGAGGUGGUGAAGCAGCUGUCUGUGUUCGAGGAGCUGCUGCUUUCAUCACCUGCAGUUUUGAUCAGCAACCAUGAGCGACAGCAUGGGGCGGGGCUUAGAGAGGAAGUGGCCAGACUUGCACAGAAGCUGGAGGAGACUCUGGCAGCCAGUGAGAAAGAGAAGAGUGUGAACAUACGUCAGCUGCGAACGUCUCUCAGGGAGGAUGAACUGCAGAUGCUGAACAGCAGAGAAGAGCUGAGACAGCAGCAGCUGCACAGCACCAUCUCCAACACACACUUUGAGCUGCAGAAAUGUGUGAGAGUCAGAGGGGAGGAGUUUGUGACAUCACUGGCCUCUCUGACAGAGAAGCUGCUCCAACAGAUGAAUGACCUCUUCACACCUGCAGAAACUGGUACAGCAGUGACACAACAGCACUCAGAAGACAGUGGUGUUACCAUAGAAGCAGCAGCUGAAGCAGGAAGCAGACCUUGUACAGAAAGCAGUGACCUACCAUCUUCUGUUACCAUGUCAACAACAGUUCCCAUCACUACAUCCAAGUGCACCCCGGGACACACGGCUGUUAUGGAGCAAAGAAAUGCUGCUGUGAAGCGGUUUGAGCAGGUGGUCAAGCUGGAACUGUCACAGUCAGACGACAACAAACGAAGACAACUGAGUGAACAGCAGAUUUGGAACACACACUGGAGACAACAGAUACACGCUCUGAAACACACACACGGAAGCCAGUAUAGCAGCGGCUGACUGAACUUUUCAGUGUACACUGUGAUAUCAUUGGCUGUAUUUAAUAUUUGCUAAUAAAC